AGAUAGCGUGACAAGUCAUUAAGAUACCGUUUGCAAACUCCCUAAAUUUCAUAAACACUGCUGUUUCUCACUGCCGCACGCUGCCCUUGUACUAUCAUGGCAGAAGACGUUAAGGCACCAGACAUACCCGAUGGCGGGAAGAAUACUCCAAACAUCGAUAAUCAUUCCGAGAGCGAAAAUGCAACAGAGGUUCUAGUCGGUCCAGAAGGAGGGUCAAAGGAUGAAGAUGCCAACGGUUCAGCCCACAAGAUCCCACGGUCUUCGCCGAGUGUCUUCGAAGUAAGGAAGUCACUUGCCGUGACUACUAGAAGACUCCGACAACUGCUGCGCAAUUCGGCAGGGCAAGACUGUAUCCUUGCAAGCAUUGAAUAUCUAGCCCACGCACUGCACUAUCUUGCUGCUUCGCCUUAUUUGAUAAAGCUCCGGAAUGCCCUAACAAGCCUAAUAUACCGGCGGAAAGGCCGAAAUACACAAACAGCGCCCAAUCGACUGGCCUGGGAUUUUGAGGAGCAUUCAACGCUUCUGAAUCUGUCUAUCCUCUUUAGCAAUGCUCGCUAUACCUUGAGACUACUUGGGCUCUUCAAUAUCUGGACAGAGGUGCCGGGUCUAUUUCAAUCUCCAGUUAGGGACCGUCUCAUACGGUGUAUCGAUGUCGCGCAAAUCUUCACAAUCACAAUAUACCAACUACUAGAGAAUAUCGGAAAUCUGGCGUCUAAUAGGGUCCUAUCUUCCAGGGUGAUCGGUUCGAAGGUCAAGAUGGAAAGAGUCUAUAUAUGGAGCGCCCGAGCCUUAUUCUUACAUUUUGCCCUCGAGAUAAUGAAGCUAAUAAGAGAGGCCCAGAUUGCGAGACUAGCCAGGGCAGGAUCAAAAGAGGAAGAUUUGACAUUGGCACAAUUCGAUGGAGAUGCAUUAGGGCAAGACUGGGUUAAAAGGCUGUGGGCUAGUUCAAUAUGGGGACUGUUAUGUUUGUAUUGGAGCUAUGGCCAAGCAGUUCCGCUGGUGGAAGAGACAUCUGGUGGCUUCAGUUUCCUGGCCGACUUUUUCAUGUUUAGAGAUGCAUGGGUUCAAACUAGACAAUAUAACUUAAUGUAAACUGUUGCAGUACGUGCC